CUGUAAAAUUCUCAGCCUACAUAAACAUUUCUACUUGGUGUAAACAGCAGUGUCAGGGUUUCAGAACGUUGCAGUACUCGCACUGGUACGAAUUAACUUCACUCUAUUCGUUAUCCCAAGAAAAGAAAAGGAUAGAGAUGUCUGAAAAGAAACGAAAAUCAAUUGACCAGUCCCAGCAAACAAUAUCGAAAUUUUUUAAACCAUCUGAGAAAAAAACACGCAAAAAAGUGCCAGUCAUCCGUGUCUUAGAAGACAAUGUUUUGGAAAACAACAACAACAUUGAAACGCCUACCGAUGAAAAAACAAACGGGUUGGCUCUGAGAGUAUUCAACACAAUACAAAACUCUAUCAAGAAACUUCAACAGUUUGAUGUCGACUCGUGUACGCAGAACACAGAAAUGAAAAUUCCAACACGAAAUUAUACCAACAAGCCUAUGCUGGAUUCAUUUCCACCUUUAAAAACGGACAAUAUUGAAAAAAUACCGGAGACAGGGCGAACUAAAAUUGUUAAAUCGCAAAAGAUUUCAUACACCCCUCUCGAACAACAGUACGUCCACAUUAAAGAAAAGCAUAAAGAUGUUUUAUUGUUUGUUGAAUGUGGGUACAAGUAUCGAUUUUUCGGUAAAGAUGCUGAGAUAGCAUCAAAAGAAUUAAACAUCUACUGUCACAUGGAUCAUAACUUUAUGACUGCCAGUAUUCCUGUGCACCGCCUCAAUGUUCAUCUAAGCAGGUUGGUGGAGAAAGGGUACAAAGUUGGAGUCGUGCGUCAGACGGAGACUGCUGCUUUGAAAGCUGCAGGUGAUAACAAGAGCGCACCCUUCACAAGAAGAUUGACAAAUGUGUACACUAAAGCAACUUUUGUUGACAGGCAAGAUUCUGAUGAUCAAGUGAAUGCAACAACCGGUCAUUACAUUGAGUGUUUCAACGAAUGCGAAAGUGAAGACGGGCAAAAAGCACUGAUUGUUCUUCUUGUUAACCCGACCACUGGCGACAUUGUUUUUGAUGCUUUACAAAUCGAUGAAAUGUUGUCGUUUAGACUCGAUACGAUAAACCGUGUCUUGAACCCGUGUGAAGUUAUUUUAAAGGAAACGCCCUACGACAACUCUGUACAAACAUUUAUUCAAAACUAUCUGAGGGAUUGUAAAUUAAAUCGUGUCGAGUACGUAUCAUGCAGAAUAGCUCUUAGCAUAUCGGACUUAGAUUUGCGAAAUGUAUGUAAUAAGAAGAAUGAGUUCGAAUGCUUGCUUGGUUGCGUAAACAUAAUGGCGGAAUAUUUAAAGCAGUAUGAACUUGAAAACAUUUUGCUGUCAACUAAAUCUUAUAGGAGGUUUGCUGAAACUUGCAUGAAACUCGAUGGUUCAACUGUUGACAAUUUAGAGUUGUUUUGUAAUAAUUCUGAUAAUGGAGUCAAGGGUUCGAUUAUGUGGCUUGUUGAUCACACUGCGACCAUUUUCGGAAAACGGAUGUUGAAAAGAUGGUUAAGCGAGCCUUUGCUUGAUGUUUCCAAAAUAAAGCUUCGUCUAGAAGCAGUGAGUGAACUAAAAAACAACUUGGACGCGUCCUGUGUUCGCGCAAUACGAAAACAGUUACAUUGGACUUUGGACCUGGAAAGAGGUUUAACGUCAAUUUUUUAUCGAAAAAUCAGCCCAGACAAAUUCAUUAAAAUUCUUGAACAUUUCGAAAAUUUGCGCACUACGUUUUUAAGUUACAGGGAAGAAGCGACGAAAACAUUUCAUUCUAAGUUAUUACUUGAAAUUUACAAAGCUAUCCCCGAAUUUAUUUCUGUGGAAAGGUUUUUAAAUGAACUUAAUAAGAACGUCGCCGGUGAUAAGAGCAAACAGAACUUGUUUAAGAACCCAAGCAAUUAUCCCGCAGUGCUGGAUUGCCACCGUAAAAUUGAAAACAUUGAGAGAGAUCUUAAUAAUCAUUUAAAGAAAAGUAUUCGUCCCUCUCUAAAAAACUGGAGUGUUUCAUACAAGACAGUUUCCGGGAUGGAUUACUUGAUCGAAGUCAAAAGCAAAGAUGUUGCAUGUGUUCCAAUGGAUUGGAUAAAAGUCGCCGCUACGAAACAGUGCACAAGAUAUCGGACGCCAUUUUUAGAUAAAAAAUUUAAACAACUUUGCCAAGUGAGAGAAGAGUUAGUAAUGGCUUCAGAGGUCGCAUGGAGAGACUUUCUUGACCAAUUUUUACAUGUUCGUAGCGCAUGUCGAAACGCUGUUGACAAAGUCGCCUAUUUUGACUGCUUGCUGUCGUUAGCGAUUGUUGCCAAGCAACCAGGAUACUGUAUGCCAAUAUUUGAAGAGAAUUCUGGGAUUAUUAAUAUUAAAAAUGGUAGACAUCCAGUAAUUCACCAGUUGCUAGGGGAAGAUAAACAAUACGUUGCUAAUGAUACUACAAUAUCACAUGAUCAAAAAGUAAUGCUAAUAUCCGGACCCAACAUGGGUGGGAAGAGUUCGUAUAUCAAGCAAGUAGCUGUGAUAUGUAUAUUAGCACAGAUGGGGAGUUACGUGCCAGCCACGUCUGCAGUCAUGGAUCUUGUAGACGGUGUCUUCACACGGAUGGGUGGGAGCGAUGAUAUCGCUAGAGGAAAGAGUACGUUCAUGCUGGAAUUAGAGGAAGCAUCAAGAAUAAUGAAGCAGGCAACUUCGAAAUCACUUGUCAUUCUGGACGAGCUUGGAAGAGGUACAAGUACUCACGAUGGUAUGGCAAUUGCCUAUGCAUCCUUGCAAUAUUUUGUUCAGGACGUGAAGCCAUACACGUUGUUCGUAACACAUUAUCCCUUACUCACAGAGUUGGAGAAACUUUCAAAUGGCUAUGUUAGAAAUUACCAUAUGGCGUUCAUUGACGCAAAGAAUGAUGGAGAUAAUGAACCUAAAUCUUGUGUGGAUGAAAAUGUUAAUAAUUUUGUGGCUAACAGAGACGAUUACAUAGACUCAAUUACUUUUUUAUACACUUUAACAAAGGGAGCGGCUAAAAAAAGUUACGGGUUAAACGUGGCUCGAUUAGCUGGUAUACCACGAUGUGUUCUUCAGUCCGCUUCUUUGAAAGCACGAGAGUUGGAACGUCAAAUUGAAACAAAAUCAAACGGUGUAUCCACAUUUAAAUCAAUUAUGACGAAAGAUAUAACUGCUUUCGAAGUUAGAGAGACUCUACUGCAAUUAAGAAAACAGCUGACGUCAGAUGUGCAAAUAAAAUAGGAAUAUGAAGUUUAGCAAUGAUUUUUGUAUUAUAGUGCAUUUAAGAUACUUAUUUUUGUGGUAUGA